UCCUGGUGUUGCGGCAGCCAUAUUGGCAUGGGGGAUAGAUGACAAUUUCACCUUAGCCGAAGAGCUACAUUUUUGUUAUUUUUGAAAGUUUAUCAACGGCGUAUUCACUCUGAAACAAAAAGGGAUAUCAAUAUAUCACCGCAGUUUGACCGUGGUCGAUCCCGUGGAGGGCGUUGAAAGAGAUGAGCAACAACCUAAACAAGAGGGCCCCAACCACAGCAACACAGCGGUUAAAACAGGAUUACCUGCGCAUCAAGAAAGAUCCAGUCCCGUAUAUCUGUGCUGAACCUCUGCCCUCCAACAUCUUGGAAUGGCAUUAUCUAGUACGUGGCCCUGAGAAAACUCCAUAUGAAGGUGGUUACUAUCAUGGCAAACUCAUUUUCCCCCGGGAAUUCCCAUUCAAACCACCGAGCAUAUACAUGAUCACACCCAACGGCAGAUUUAAAUGUAAUACAAGGUUGUGUCUUUCCAUCACAGAUUUUCACCCUGACACGUGGAACCCCGCGUGGUCCGUAUCUACUAUCUUAACCGGCCUCCUGAGCUUCAUGGUUGAAAAAGGCCCGACUCUUGGCAGUAUCGAAACCUCUGACUUCACAAAACGACAGUUGGCCUCCCAGAGUCUUGCAUUCAACAUCAAGGACAAAGUCUUUUGUGAACUGUUUCCAGAUGUUGUUGAAGAAAUCAAGCAGAAGCAGCGUAUGCAGGAGGAGCUCAGGUCCCGCUCGCAAGCGCUGCCCCUCCCCGACGUGGUGCCGGAUGGCGAAGCCCACCACGCACAAAACGGCCACCUGCCCCUGAACGGCCACCUGCCACCCGGCGCAGCCCACCCGCCCGACCUCCAGCAGGUCAACCGUAACCAUGGACUCCUGGGCGGAGCGCUCGCUAAUUUGUUCGUCAUCGUAGGUUUCGCCGCUUUCGCCUACACGGUCAAGUACGUUCUGCGGAGCAUCGCGCAGGAAUGAAUCGGCCAACGACAAACGCCGACGGGAGGGACGAAAGGCCGGUGCUGUUCUCACGACCAAAAUAGGUAGCGAGAAAUCAAAAGGGUUUUCUCACAACCAAAUAAAAUGAAGCAGUGUCCCGUUUAUGAAAUUGAGAGCUUGGUGAUUUCCUCCGUAGUGGCCACAGCCAGCCACUUAAAGGUCAAGGUCACGCGACGGCUUUAUUAACGUGGAAGGAAAUUUUAAAAAAAGCUAAUUUUCUACCUUACCCAAUUCCCAGAAGAAGCCAACUUCGUGCGACCACGAAAUUAAUCCGAGUGGGCUUUUUUAGGGCCCGGAUCAGCAUUUGUUGUUUUUCACAUUUCUCUUCACAUUAAACUGUACGAUUUUAGAAUCUGUGCAUAUAGGAUGCUGAGUUUUUACGUGAAAGAUUAAAAAAGUCCAAUCAUUCCUUAAAAACAACACAGCAGCAGAAUAAAAUGCAUUUCUGAAGUGUGUCGCACCAUUUAUUGCUGUGACGAAAAUCCCUGACUGUUUUAUGGCUCAACUGUAAACGUGCUUUACCGAUGGAAAAUUGUUUUUAAAUGCAUUUGUGCUCGCUUGCGCUACGCCAACCGUAACAACCAGUUAGGCCAGGAAAGAAGCGGUGUAAAAAUGAAUUAUUUGUCUUUUGUUUGCCUGUGAUGCAGCGCUCCAAGUGUACAUUAACUUUCUUUCGGAGGGGGUCGCUGUCGGCCAAACGUAAAGCAUAUGAACUUUUUUUUUUU